AUGCCAGCUAAGUUGUCGACAUUUUCGUGCAUACAGGUUAGUUAGUAAUUUCGUUUGAAAAACAGACAAAAAUAGAUGUUAUUUUUGAGAUCACGACACCGAGAUCGUCACCGACGCCGUCGAAUGGACCGUUUCCCGCCUAUAUAUCAACGUCUGAAUUCGAUCCGGUUCUUUACAGAGAGGAACUGAUACGCAAAGCUUACCUCGCCAGGUUUCCGAUUGAUAGGUAAGACGAUAGAAGUAGCUGAAAACUGAACGCAGAAAUUGACGGGAAGAAAAAUGUGACAAGUUGUGUGUGUGUGUGUGUUUGGUUGGUUGGAAGUUUUGUGAUCAGCACUCGUUUCAGCAAUGACCGACCAGACUACCUCAUCACUAUCGGAAAAGGUCACAAAACGUGUUCCACCAUAAGCGUCGGUUAGUCUUUUUCAUUUUUUGCGAUAAUCUCUCUGUACUGAGUGUCAUUUUUGUUUCCAGAGGUUAAAGGACGAGAAGACAAAAGCGGAAGAAGUCGAAUGCCGGCCGCAUUCGCCGGUAUUACAUGUACAAUUGUUCUUUUAUUUCUUGUGAUGGUCUACGUUUAUUUGAGUGGAUUUGUAUCGUUCUGGAAGUAA